GCGCCAUGUUGUGGAGGAAACAUCGAGAGAGAGGCGGGAGCCUAGAAGAGAGACAGACCAGGGUUAACAUCUAGAAACUGCGCCAUCUCUAAACCACUUUGUUGUUAACUUGUAUUCCUGAGUUCCUCCUCGACUCUCUCAGUAGCAGCCGGCGCAGAAGCUGGCUGCGGCGGUUCCCCAGCUUUCCUCCAUCGUCGACCUGAAGGCCUCAGAGGCUGCCAUGGAUUUUUAAGGCAUAAUGCGGUGCAUCUAAGGCAAUGGCAAUGCAUCAUGCAAGGCAUCACCACCCGCGAAACUCCAUCUUCGCAACUGCCAAGCAGUUGGGCUCGAAUACCGUCCGCGGUAUCCCAGCGAGCCAGCCGGUCCCCCUGCUCUUGGACAGGAGGAAGCUAACGCUAGCAAGCUAGUCGCCCCCCGCCCCGAGCUAAAGUAGCAUCGAGUCAACGAAUUAUUCAUCGCUUCAUCAACUAUCGAAACAAUGAAGCCUAAAGACAUCGUCGCUGGGAAGAGCAGCAGCAGCCUGUGGAUCUUCGGGUACGGGUCACUGGUGUGGAAGCCCGACUUCAAGUUCAGGAGGAGCGAGGUCGGUUACAUUCAGGGCUACAAGAGGCGUUUCUGGCAUGGAGACAACUUCCACCGCGGGAACGACGAGUCGCCCGGAAGAGUGGUGACGCUGAUCGAAGAUGAUGACGAGAGCACAUGGGGCGUGGCGUUCGAGGUCACUGGCUCCCAAGUCGAGGAGUCCCUGAAGUACCUCAACGUGCGCGAGACGGUCUGCGGGGGCUACGUCACCAAGAUGGUGGAUUUCUUCCCUCAGGGGGAGAACCAGCCGCCGGUCCAGGCGCUGGUGUACAUCGCCACCACCGAGAACGCCCUGUACCUGGGGCCGGCCAGUCCGGAGGAGAUUGGCGCCCUAAUCGCCGUAAGCCGCGGGAAGACUGGCCACAACCUGGAGUACCUGCUCCGGUUGGCCCAGUUCAUGAGGAGCUGCUGCCCAGAUGUGGAGGACCACCACCUGUUCUCCAUCGAGGCGGCAGCCCUGGCAGUGGUGUCCUGUCUGAUAGCAACCAGUAGUUCGUACCCUUUGUCUGAGUAGCUUAGAGUGGAUGAGCCCCAACACACAACUGAGGCUUUUCAUCAACAUCCCAGCUAACUCCAUGUAUAGCAUUGUGACGGUUCAGCCUCAAAACACCAUCCAGUGUACUGACAUCCCAUUACACACUACUGACAUGAUAUCAAAGGAACGCACAUCAAGUUCUUUUUACAUCAUGUUCACAUUGCACCGGCUCCUUCACCUACAAGAGCACGAUCACUGACUUGUUUACUGUAAACAUCUGUUUUAAAGUCACCAUACUGUUUUUAUAUAUUUUAUUUCACUUGCACAAACCUAAGUCCGUCCAGUACAUUCAGACAGAACAGCAAAUGAAUGUGGUAGUUCAUGCAAUUCACCCAAUGGCUGAUGUGCUGUGGUAAACACCUGCAAAUGUCAAAUAAAAAAAGUAAAAGUUA